CUGUGAACAACGUGAAUAUAACGACUGCGCCGAAAGUUAGCCAUUUGCCGAAGAUUUAUUUUAGUGCUAACCGUUUAGUGUCAAAUUGUUAUCGUUACUCAUUAAUGGCUUUUAAUUUCACUGCUUAGUACGUAAACAGACAUCAAUUAACGCGAGCCACUGUUUGACAUUGUCACGCGACAGGGACAAGGUCAGUUUAAGGUCGAAAGGGAUGAUGGCGGGGAAGGCCAUGGUGCACUCCAAAUGUGUGAGGUCCUACAUUCGAACGGUCGGUAUCUCGUUUCUGAUUUGUGUCGUAUUGGUAUCACAUAGUCGAUCGCACCCGCAAUGUCUGGACUUCUUUCCUCCGUUCAAGGCGACCCGAGACCUGACGUUUUGCCGGGAAUAUUCCGAUUUUGGGUGCUGUACGUCAGUCCGCGACGGCGAACUACGCCAAAAAUACAAUAACCUGAUAGACCAGUUAGAGGCGAUAUAUCCUGUGUUGCCUGUGUGCAACAGCUACGUCAAGGACAUCCUGUGCCAGGAAUGCUCCCCGUAUGCGUCGCAUAUUUUUGAUGCCGAGACGACACAGAUAAUUGCCCCGUUGCCUGGACUAUGCACGGCGUAUUGCCUUGACUUUGCUCAUUGUGGACACGUUGUUAGUUUUCUCACCACCGAUCAACAAUUACAGUCAUCGCUGGACGUUUCCCUUGAAUAUUUCUGUGAAUUGGUGGAAAUUGGGGACAUGGAUUAUUGCUACCCCGAUAUCGUACAAAACGACGUGUUCAUCCACGAGUUGGUGACUGCAGGUGAGGGCGAAGGGUGUAUUUGUGUGCAAGAAUUCGCCAAUGGUUUGCGGAACCCGCUAGCCGGUGUGCACGCCGGGGACGGAACUCAUCGGUUUUUCAUCGCCGAGCAGAUCGGCGUUGUCUACGUGUUCCUCAAAAACGGCACUAAAAUCAAUGAACCGUUUCUUGACAUUCGCUCCGAGGUUUUGACAAGUUCUAGACGAGGGGACGAAAGGGGGUUUCUCGGACUUAGUUUUCACCCCGACUAUGAAAAUAACGGUCGCCUGUUUAUAUAUUAUUCUGUGGGAACGCUGAGCGAUCAGAAAAUACGAAUAAGUGAAAUGAGAGUUAGCAGUGACGAUAUGAACAAAGCGGACACCAGCACAGAACGGGUGUUGCUAGAAAUUGACCAACCAGCACCAAAUCACAACGGAGGACAACUUUUGUUUGGGGAGGAUGGGUAUCUUUAUCUUUUUGUUGGCGAUGGAGGAAAAGGCGGCGACCCGUUUGGUGAAAUUGGAAACGGCCAGGACCUCGAAACUCUUCUUGGAGCUGUACUGCGAAUUGAUAUUGAUGGAGAAGAAAAUGGACGACCAUAUAGGAUUCCCUCAGAUAACCCAUUCCUCAACGUCUCAAAUGCAAAGCCUGAAAUCUACGCGUAUGGUACUCGCAACAUGUGGAGGUGCUCGGUAGAUGGUGAUGAUGUCACAGGUGAAGGAAGAGGUCGGAUAUUCUGUGGCGAUGUUGGGCAGGACUCCUAUGAAGAAAUUGACAUCAUUGAAAAGGGUGGAAAUUUUGGAUGGAGAAUGAAGGAAGGGUUCAGUUGCUAUGACGAUGAUAUGUGUACGGAUGAUGCAAUGGGUAGUCGAUUAUUUAAGUUAAUCGAAGACAAAAAUACCGGAGAGUGGAACAACUUUGAUAUAUGUUUGGGAGAUAAUAGCGUAUGCAACAACGGUUUAAUUGGAACAUUCCCCGGGAAAAUAUUAUCUUUUGGCGAGGAUGAAUCAGGUGAAGUUUAUAUCUUGUCUACCGAUCAUGAAAGUAAUACGCAUUCUGGUGGAAAAGUUCACAAAAUAGUAGAUCCGGGAAGACGAGGAGACCCUCUAGACUGCGAUGUUGAGCACAAGGACGUGGUAGUGAUUGGACCAACUACGGAUUUUGAACCAAGCGCGUCAGGUCAGGGAAGGUGGCUUUCAAGGCAAAAGUGGUAGGAAGAAAAUGGUUCCUGCACGAGAAACGACUGCAACUUGAUAUUUUCUCUGUCUUUCGUCUUAACAGCUCUAUCAUAAACUAUCAGAGUUCUGGUUUGUCAAUCUGGGUGCAGGACAAGUCAGGGCAUUGCAAAUGUCCCAAACUUAGAAUGAAUCGAACCUACUUUAUCCUAGGAAAAUAUGAUUAUCAUAAGCAACAGUUUAUUGUAACCGAGACAACCAUCACAAGGGGAUGGAGUAACAAAUGGGCAAUCACUGCACGUUAUCAUGCAAGUCUUUGUUGGAAACAAAAUCAUAUAGCCAGUGACGAGGGUUCAGUGCAAAAGCUUACACCAAACGAGGCUAAUAAAUUCAUUAUUAAAAUACAUGAAAUUCCUUGAAGAAAACAGAUGCCAUUUUUAAAAGAGACAAAUUGCAGGUUCAUCUUUCAGGAAUUCUUUGAUAUAAUGGUGCUACAUUUGUCUAACAAAAUAUUUAUAACCAUUUUUGGCAAGACUUGAUUUGACAUACUACACCCUUGGUAUGCAUUGUACUUGAACACAAAGAUGUUGAUACACGAGUAUUUAGAUUUGCCCUUGUUGCAAAUACUUUUUUAAUGUCAACACCAACAACAUCGUUGAAAUUAGAUAAGUAUCUCAGAAUGCAAUUUCAAUAUCUUUGUAUUACCAUUUGAAAUGUACUAUUUUUAUACUGCUCAGAUUCACGGCCAGUUUGGUGUUCGGUAUCUGUUAUCUGCUUGCUUGCUUUCAUGAAAUGUACGUGACCAUUUUAUAUAUUGUGCAGCAGGUUUGCAUCAAUUAAGAUAACUAUAGUAAGUCUUAUUUUAUACAAAUAUUAUGCAUACUUUUUGCUUUCUGUCAUUAAUAUUUACAUCAACAAGUUUUUUUUUUUUACCUUGUGACCUCAAGUCUUCAAAUUUAAGGCAGUAAAGUUUUGUAAAUCACCAAGGGGACAUUCCAAGCUGUAUUUUAAUACAUUGUACACUUGCUUAAUAGCAUUCAAUUAAACUAUGCAGGUAUUAACU